AUGCCACGACCAGGACAUCAGAUCUACGAAGAAGAAAUGAUACUGAAGAGUCAUGGAUUCCCUGUGUGGUAUGGGGAUCCAUACGGAAGGGCCGAGAUUGAGAUAGGCGACAUCGGAUACAUGAGCGAAGGAAAAUUUAAGCAUGUCAUGAAGUGCAACUUCGAUUUCGAUGAAUUGGUAACCAACCCUGUCAUUUUCAAUGGUCCUAUUUACUCCCUGAGCCUCGAGCGACGAGAAGUAGGCGCCGAGGCUGGAGUAUCGGCACCGCCAGGUGCGGGUGUGAAGAGUCGUAUUUCAUUGACCUCAUCCCGCAAUACGUGUGCCAUGUUGAACGUGGAGGAGGGUGUUGCAGACGACACCUCUUGCUCCGACGUUGACAAGAUGGCUGUAGGAGAAAUAUUUCUCCAAAAUGCCAGGAAAUGGAUUGCCGAAGCUGUCAAAGGGCGUCGGCUUGCGGGCAACAUUUCUAUUGAAAGGCUUAUACUUGUCACAGGAUUCUAUAAAUCUGCGAACUGGGAAGCAGCUGCUUUGUCUUCGUCCUCGUACACAACGAACUUGAGCUUCACGAUCGAAAUCAGCCAAGCAGAGGGAGGAAUUUCACUUGAUUGGAAUUCUGUCCAGCAUCUCAGCCCUGACUAUUCAACUGGACAUCGCCACCCGUCUCAACUUCCUUCUUCCCUUCAAUUUUUGCGCGGAUCAUCUGAUAUUCGACCUCAUGUAUCGUUUGAAAAGUGUUGCCAUCAGCAUGCUGACCGAACCCAAUGCAUAUUCUUGCGGGGGUUUCGAAUUCGUGAACGCCUGGGACGAAAGGACCAGGUUGUUAAACUAUCUGCAUCGGAAGACUCGGAGUCAAAGUUGACGUUGCGCGAACGCUUCAUGCGAUUUGUGAAUACCGAUAGCAAGACUUCCAAACCACACAGUGGCGAAUCAUCUCAGAGAAGCGCCUCAGCGUACAACUAUCCAGCGUACAACUAUCUGGAGGCCAUUGAAGAAUCUCCUGAUAAUUCUUUUUGUGACCAGCUCUACGACACAGUUGCUAUCAAAAAGUUCAUGGAGAAUGACUCAGACCUCAUAUUGGUUCACGACGAUGAACUGAUUGGGAUAUUGAAAAGAGAUGCAGCAGCUCUGGAUUCUGAACCAGGCAGCUCAGAUGAACGACGAGCAGUGUGCCAGACCUUGUAUGAUCGAGCCAUUGGCGAGCUGAAGAAACCCGAUCUCAAGCCUGAGAAUAAGUUUCAACUCCUCAACAACACAGUAGACAUCCUGGGGAACAUCCUGAGGGACGGUCCCCAUUUUGACCUCGAUCCACAUUCAAACCUCAGUCCACAUUUGAACCUCAGUCCCUCAAUCGAAAUCCGUCCUCUCAUAUCAGACCUUGGACGGAGCAAAGAAAAAGGCCACCAGGAGGCAGCACAACAGUUUCUGGACCAGCUUACAGAUCCUUCCAUCUUCAUAUUGAGUGGACACACAAGUACGGUCUGCUCUGUCACAUUCUCGCCUGACAACAGGCGCAUAGCCUCAGGUUCCAACGAUCGAACAGUUCGCAUCUGGGAUGCGGAGACGGGCAAGCCAGUGGGAGAGCCAUUCCAAGGACAUGGUCGGAUCAUGUCUGUUGCAUUCUCGCCUGAUGGCAAGCACGUAGUCUCGGGCUCAGUUGACCAGACAGUUAACAUCUGGGAUGUGGGGACGGGGAAGCCAAUGGGAGAGCCAUUGCGAGGACACACAGAUUCAGUCUGCUCUGUCGCAUUCUCGCCUGACAGCACGCGCAUAGCAUCAGGCUCAUUAGACCAAGCAAUUCGCAUCUGGGAUGCGACGACGUGGAACCUAUUGGGAGAGCCAUUCCGAGGACACACAAAGGGGGUCAGGUCUCUCGCAUUCUCGCCUGACGGCAGAAGCGUAGUCUCGGGUUCGGACGACCAGACAGUUCGGAUCUGGGAUGUGGAGACGGGAAAGCCACUUGGAGAGCCAUUUCGAGGACACACAAAGAAUGUCAACUCUGUAGCAUUCUCGCCUGACGGCGAGCGCGUAUUCUCGGGCUCGUUGGACGGGAUAGUUCGGAUCUGGGAUCCGAAGACGGGAAAGCAACUGGGAGAGCCAUUUCGAGGACACACAAAGGAUGUCGACUCUAUCGCAUUCUCGCCUGACGGCGAGCGCGUAGUCUCGGGCUCGUUCGAAGGGACAGUUCGGAUCUGGGAUGCGAAGACGGGGAAGCUGGUGCGAAAGCCAUUCCAAGGACACACAGAUGGGAUCUUGUCUGUCGCUUUCUCGCCUGACGGCAGGCGUGUAGUAUCAGGCUCGUACGACCAGGCAGUUCGGAUCUGGGAUGCAGAAAAACAGUGGGUCCCUGAACCAACCUUGAACACCCUUGAUGUCACUACUAAACCGGCCUUGGACGCUGGCAAGGGCGUUCAAGAUAGUGGCAAGGGUAGUGGCCAAGGUAGUGGCAAGGGUGUCAAAGGUUGA